UUGUCCGUCCGUCUAUAAAAACGCAUCUCCGGCGAAGGGGGAAAUUGCGCUCUCCCGCUCCGGUCAGUGUCAGCUCGGCCUCCUCCCACACCGCCGCCCCAGUCGCAUAAGCGCUUCUCUUGUCCUCGCGCCUCUCUUCUCAGCUCAUGCGCACAAGUCCGCUACCAGAGGCCAACCCUUCUUCGCCGACCCACGCCGGCGCCGUGGAAUUCUGCCCGCCCCAGUGCCCGCCUUCUACUCAGCCGAGACCUCAUCUCCCUUCAGGCAUGCAACAGGAUUCCCUUGCCUUUUCUUUUCUUGGUUUUCCAGUGAAAGAUUGGAUUUUGUCUAGAUUAGGGAGCUUCUGAGGUCGCCCAAGUCCGAGGAUUCAUAAUUGCAAUCGUCUCUGUUGGCGUAUUUGAAGGCGACAAUGUUCAUGGGCAUCAUUUUGUUUUUAUGCAGGCCAUCGGCCGAAUAGUUUGGGUGGUUUCCGACAUCCCGUGGGAUUAUGCAUGAUAUCGUCCAGGAAGAAGAUUCCUCCUUGCGAUCUUCGUCACUAAAUCCUUGGCAUUUCAGCUGAAGGAAGUUAGACAACAAGUAGAUCUUGGCAUCAAGGGAAAUGCAGACCAAAUCCCGAGUUCAGGACUAUUUUGACCAAAUUCCUGACUCGUUGCUCCUUCUCAUCUUCAACAAGCUCGCCGAUGCCCGUUCCCUUGGCCGCUGCUCGGCUGUGUCUAAGCGCUUCAACUCCCUCGUUCCCCUUGUUCACGAUCUGUUUGUCAAAAUAGAUCGAGUAGUGCCUGUUGAUGGUGACUGUGAUUUUGCAAGCCUUUCUUCACCUAAACCAAGCAACAUCUUUGCCCAUCUGUUAAAGCUCAUACUACUCACCAUCCUCAGACCAUUUCAUCACCUUCUGAGCACCAAUGGUAGAAAUAAACCUCUUUUCCCACAAGUCUCCCAUCAUUCCCCUUCUCGAGUCCUCAAGAAUUUCACUCAAGUGCACAACCUGAGGAUCGAACUACCUGCCGGUGAUGUUGGAAAGGAGGAUGGGGUCUUCUUGAAGUGGAGAGCCGAGUUUGGGAGCACCCUUCAGAACUGUAUCGUAUUGGGUGGAACUAGGAUUGAACAUGAAUCUACUAGCUCAGUGAAUUUGCAAGGGUCAGUGGAAGAAGACAAUGGGAGCCUUCCAGAGUCCUUCUAUACGAAUGGAGGGUUAAAGCUACGUGUCAUUUGGGCUAUCAGCUCGUUGCUCGCUGCGUCGGCAAGGCAUUAUCUUCUCCAUCAGAUAGUCAAGGAGCACACAACAUUGAGAAGCUUGGUGUUGACAGACGCGGAUGGUCAGGGAACAUUGACCAUGGGAGUGGAGCAGCUGAAAGAGUUCAGAGAGAAGCAAUUAGCACCCUCAGCAUCAUCGAAUAGGACUCAGGUACCGGCAACAAAAAUGAAGCUAAGAUAUGCUCCAUACUUGGAGCUUCGUGAGAGAAUGGGGGUGCAGGGAGCUACACUCAUUGUCAUCAAGCCUGUUGGAGAGGGCACUAGCUGUGGCUAUAGUAGUAGCAAGAGGGAAAUGGAGGCAUUAAGCUGUGGCGCAUUCGAUGGGCCGUUUCAAGCUGCUGUUAAGGCAUUAGCAAAGAGGCGAACAUACUUGUUGGAGAUGAAUGGUUUUUAGACAAUUUGAUCUCUUUGCUUGCUUAUCUUUCUAUGGCUUGCACUAGUUCUACUGGAAUGAUAUGUUGCUCCUCUGUUAAAACAUUUUCGUACAGUAAGAACAUCUGGUUCUGCGGUUUAGCGCGUAAUAUCGAUCGAUUAUCAGGUGUGAAUUGUCAUCAAGUCAUACAAAUACAUUGGCAUAUUGAGUUGAGUUGGGUACUCAAGUGAAGAAGUGGUUGUCCUUGUUACAUGAAAAUUGUUGUUGUCCUGGUUUUGACUUCCCCAAAAACCUCCAUUUUCUUGGAGCCUGUUGCUCUUUCCGGUUUGCCAGACCAAGUUUAUCUCCUGUUAGUCCUCAGUUUGUGAUCUGUAUAGUUGUUUAGUUCUUGCUACGAAAACAUAUGGAUCGCCAAUGAUCUGAUAGCUUGUAGUUGGAACAAUUUGCAAAAUUUAUGAUAUUGUUAGACAUGUAGCUGAACAAUGCUGUUUCUGCUGUGAUGAUUUAGAGGGUGUUCAUUUUCUACACAUGAAAACUUGU